GGACAAGCACGUUCAUGCGGAUCGCUGCCGCCAGGCUUCAAUGUUUACGUUAAGCGUGUUAUGCGCCUGACUAUCGCGAUGGCUUCCAGGCACCCAUUGUCUUGAUCUCCAAUGUCCUUGCGACCGCCCACAUUCGCUUCCUGCUCCUGCAAUUUAACAAUUGCUCUCCAAGCUAGCUCUGGAGAUCCCGGCCGCUUGUUGCUGACCCCACGCGUUUCCGAGUCCAUGUAGCACUCCCCACCGCUCUUUGACCGUACCUCAGUAGGAAGGAGAUGGAGAGGAAACCCAGCAUGGCCAGCGCAUUCAGCGCCAGGUCGGGCAAUAUCCCAGUCGCGUUCGACCCCAACACAAACCACCGUUCUGCGCCAGGCCUCAGUGGCCUGCCGAGGGCGAAUCCAGCGCAGGACAGGCUGAUCGUGGGUGUCGACUUCGGGACAACGUAUAGUGGCGUAGCCGCCGUAUACAGCGCAAGUCCAGAAGAAAUUGACAUCGUCAAAAGCUGGCCUGGCGGCAAUGGCAUCACCUCUGACAAAGUGCCCACCGAAAUCGCAUACUUUACGCCCUCCGACCCCUCGAAACCGAACGUAAAAUGGGGCUUCCAGUUCAAGCCCGAAGAGACGCGCCUACGUUGCAUAAAGCUCUUCCUCGACCGAAACCAUAAGCUCCCGCACUUCGUCUCGCCACUCGAAACCGCUGCACAGUUACGCAAAUAUGAAAAGACGGUUGCGGAGGCUGUGUCCGACUAUCUAGCGCAGAUAUACAAGCACACCAUGGAGACGCUGACAAGAAGAUAUGGAGAGACUUUCAUGUCAAUGACCAAGGUGCAGUUUGUACUCACAGUACCAGCGGUAUGGUCAGACAGUGCAAAAGACGCGACGUUGAAGGCAGCGGAGAAGGCGGGCAUGGGGAGUGGGAAAGACCUAAAGUUAAUCAGUGAGCCCGAAGCAGCAGCUGUAUACACACUGAAGGCCAUCCAACCCAACAACUUGAAAAUUGGGGACAACUUCAUCGUUUGCGACGCAGGUGGCGGCACGGUCGACCUCAUCGCUUACAAGAUCACGCAGCUUAAUCCGCUCCGCGUCGAAGAGUCCGCUGUGGGCACAGGAGGGUUAUGUGGCUCCGCUUUCCUCAACUACCGCUUCGAAGACCACGUAAAGAGCCGCAUAGGCGCAGAGCGCUACACGAUGAUGCGCGAGAAGAAGGCAAAAACAUGGAACAUGGGCCUUAAGUACUUCGAAGAAUUCGUAAAGCGCAACUUCAAUGAGGACGAGCACGCCGAGGUCAACGUCCCGUUCCCCGGUCUCCCGGACGAUGAAGAGGCAGGACUAGACUCCGGCUUCCUCGUCAUGAGCACCGAGCAAGUCAAGGAGAUCUUCGAUCCGGUGAUCUCAGAGGUUAUUUCGCUGGUGGAGGGGCAGGUGCAGACCAUUCGGGCGAAGGGAGGGCUGGUGUGCGGGAUUGUGCUUGUCGGGGGGUUUGGCCAGUCGAAUUAUUUAUAUGGGAGGAUGAAACAGCAUUUUAACAGUGCGCCGCCGCCGCCGUAUACGGAGAGGCCCACGCAUGCGGUUGCGUUGAGUGCGGUGCCGUCUGUGGAGAUUUUUCAUCCGAUACAUGCUUGGACGGCGGUGGUGAGAGGCGCCGUGCUGAGAGGAUUAGAGGGCUCCAUGGUCGUCAGUCGGCGGAGUCGAUGGCAUUACGGGACGAGCUAUGCGACUGUCUUCGACGAGGCGAAACACCCAAUCGAAGACCGAUAUUGGUCGCCGCUAUGGGAGCGAUGGAUGGUCUCCGACCGGAUGCAAUGGCACAUCGCAAAGGGCGCCCAAGUCUCCGAAUCCUCUCCAAUAUCCUUCCAUUACACGCGCAACUUCCGGCCGGGCCAAUCCCUCGUCGUCGAAGACGACCUCAUCGCUUGCGACGCGGAUACGGCACCAGACUCGUUCCGCAAGGGCCUCAUCAGUGUGUGCACGCUGACGACGGAUUUGAACACCGUGCCGAAGAGUUUGUUUACGAGAUUGACCACGACGAAGGGGGUGGAGUUUGAUAAUCUGGAUUUCACGCUAGAUAUGCGGAUUGAAAGUGCCGGGUUGGUGUUUGAGCUUAUGGUGGAUGGGGUGAGGUAUGGGGGGGUUAGUGCGAAGUUCCACUGAGGGGAGGGGUUUUGGCUGUUGGUGGAACUGGUGGAAUCCUGUGCGGGUAGAUAUCCUGUUGAUAUGUUGAUACACAUGGGGCGCCGAGAGGGCGCGAUACAACGUUUGGAAAUUAUGGUAUAAGUCGAU